UAGUACGUGGAGAAGAGGGAGAUUGAAUACUGUGCGAGGAGCCAAGCUCUGUGCGCGCGCGCGUGUGUGUGUGUCGACCGCCAACUACUACUUGCGCUGGAUUUAGACCUCCUCCAGUACAACCUGCCAGUGGGGAUGAAUAGCAAUCCAAACUGACACUGAGGAAAACAGACAGAUAAACAGACUCAGAGCAAAGUGGACAUCGUUUUGAAGCCUCUGUUGAGACACAAUUUCAAACAGCGGAUCAGACUCAGCAGUGUUUGGGAAGCAUGUAUAAUUCGGUAUGUUUCGUCAUCCUGUCAUGGGUCUUUGCAUUGCUUGUGUUAACAGAAACUGUUGCUGACACCAUCCAUUCAUCCAAAGGAGUUCCAGCCAGAAGCGGGGAUUCUGUAUUAAAGGACAACAUCACCGUCAGACAGGGCGACAGCGCCGUCUUAAAAUGCAGUGUGGACAGCAAAGUAUCACGAGUGGCAUGGCUCAAUCGUACCACCAUUCUGUUUGCAGGAAAGGAGAAGUGGUCUUUGGAUCCUCGUGUCAUCCUCAUGGAAAAUACAGCAGUCACGGAAUACAGCAUCAAGAUACAAAACGUUGAUGUCUAUGAUGAAGGGCCCUAUGUGUGCUCCAUCCUCACAAACAAGAAACCAAAAUCCACAAAAGUGCAUCUCAUAGUUCAAGUGCCCGCCAGGAUCACUAACAUAUCGAAGGACAUCACAGUGAAUGAGGGCAGCAACGUUAAUCUCAUGUGUCUGGCAGUUGGUCGACCUGAGGCCAACAUUGUGUGGAAUUAUCACAUAGGCACACAUAAACUUUUGUCAGAAGGGGAACAUCUGGAGCUGAGAGGGAUCACCAAAGAGCAGUCGGGAUCAUACAAAUGCAUUGCUUCGAAUGACAUCUCCAACCCCGACAUCAGGACAGUGCAAGUCACUGUCAACUAUCCUCCCUUCAUUUCUAAAACAAGGGGUACAGGUACUCCAGUCGGACAAAAAGGAGUCCUGCAAUGUGAAGCGUCUGCCGUCCCCAGGGCAGAUUUUGAGUGGUACAAAGAAGACCGCAGGCUCUUCAAUGGACUAAAUGGGGUCAAAAUAGAGAAUCAAGGUAAACAGUCGAUGCUCAUCUUUUUCAAUGUCUCAGAGGAGGACUAUGGGAAUUACACAUGCGUGGCUAUGAACACCAUGGGAAUUACUAAUGCCAGCAUAAUUCUUUAUGGUCCUGGUGCAAUGCACGAUGUGAAUGGAGCUGCUAUGUUGCCCCACGUCUCCAAACACCUCCUGUUGAGUGUAACCUUACUCUACCUGCUAAAGUUCUGAUGUGAAAUGCAACAACCCUCAAGUUCCGCUCAGUAUUAAACCAUAAGAACAGACUAUUAGUCCUGUUAGAAGAAUGGAAAUCCAAGCGUGCCAGUGGUUAACCCUUUUUUUUCUGGCUGUAAAUUGGAGUCUGUUCUAUGUUGGCUCACCAAGAGCAAGGCAUUAGUCCAUUGAUGAGAAAAAUUUGAUUAAUGCCCUGAUUUGAUGAAGAUACCUGACUACUGAGUUUGUGUCUCCCCAACAUUUUUUGUAUGUGAAAAGGAAACAAGAAAAAAGCAUACAUGUAACUUGAUAGUUGACUGUUUAUUGCCCAAUAUUGAAGUGUACAUUCAGAUUGUCAGUAUUAUUGUGUCACAUCCUGUUCAAUAUCUGUAUAAAUACCAUUAAGCUUUUUUUAAGUAAAUGACAAAAAAGGGGAAAAUGCAACGUGAUUGUUGACUUUUACUGUAUUUUUACAGUUGUAUGCAAAACAGAAAACUGAAAAACAGUUCAGAAUAAUAAAUAGUUCAUCAUGAUUUCUCAGGCAAAGUCCUAAAGCAUAGAGCAUACUGUUGUUUUAUUUUUUUUUUUUCAUUGUAGUGUGUGUAGAAAAUGUACAAAUGUGUACAGACAAUUCCUGCACUGCUGUCUUCUAAAAUGCACAUACAUUUUCGAAACACCUAAUCACAGUGUCAUAGCAGCUUCAUGGCAUAUUCAUACUCUAAAUCUGGAAUGAGGUUUUCAAACAGUCAGUGGUGUAUCACUGUCAUUUUCGCCUCAGUCACAGUGCCACUAUGUUUUCAAAUGAAAGCGUUAAAGCUUCUGGUAAAUGACAGGUAAGUGCUGAUGGCAACAAAUCUAUUCUAUCUAUCUAGUGCACAAAUUGCAUAACUCUAGAUGGUGCACAGUCCUGUGAAGGCCUGAGUAUUAAACACGGCCUAAACCAGGUACGUCCCUGCCUCCGUCCAAAAUAAAAGGAUAACCAAUACAUUUACUAAGUCCAGAACCAUAUGAAAAUGAGCAGAGCUUAGCACAUAGUUGUGGAAUAACAACUCAAAUGACAGUGGGGCUCAGUUAUGUACGAACCCAUUGAUGCGGAGCAGCUUGUGCACGGUGCUCUGCUGGAAGCCUGUUCAGCUGUUAAAGCAUCAAGUUAGUGGGUGGUCUAAUUAACUGAACUGACUUUUCAACGAGUGGUGCUGCUCAUUUGGAAAACUGCGUAACAUUUUUCACAGACGCCUAAUUAUACUUUUGGCUUUUUAAAAUUUCUGUUGCAACCAGUGUAAUUUACUCUGAUGGUUUAGGAACAAAAAAAAAACAAAAACGCAUUCAUAUUUAACAACUAGCCUUUAUAGUGUGUUUCUCAGGCCACCACAGUGAUCCUCAAAUAAUCUGGGUUAAGCAGUGGACUUUUAUGCAAUUUAGGAGUUUUGUUUGCAGAGCCCAGCACUUUGCAUUUUAUCACUAUGUCAAAUCACACAACAUUGUUGUUGUCUCGCCCUUUUUUAAAUAAUAAUACCUUAUUUUAAUAUUGCUUACAAUCUUCAAUAUCUCCUUAUAUCUAUUUAUUAACAUAUUUUAACACUCAGUUUAUUUUAGCUGUGGGGAAUGAAGUGUUGUGUGAUAAUGUAAAAUAUGCACUGUUCUGCCUCUAUCAAACAAACUAAAAAAUUUUCUGUUGUGGUCGCUUACCGCACUCAGACGUAUCUCAAGCGUUGCAUCCAAGACACAAGUGAGACAGGCAAGAACAUUUCAUUAUGGGAUGGCGAGGUUAACUUCAAUGAAUGUUCUGUGUAGCUGCUAUGAAGCUUUGUUUUCAGAUGUUGUGCUCUUAACCUGGUUUACCCCAAGACAAAGUACCGAUGCUGUUCUCAAGGCUGCAGAAGAGACUGUUGUGUUUUGUAGUUGAUGAAGACAAGGACAUUUCUCGGCCUGCCUACAACAAAGACUUUCUGAGAGACGCAUAUUACAGCACCAGUGAAUGAUACUGUGAUGUUCUGCUAUUGUCCAGCUCCCACCUCCGAGGUGAAGUAACAAGGGAUGAGAUUAUUGUGUUUGGGAAUGCUUUAGUUGUUUUCACGUCAUGUGCUUUUGAUGAUGGUGAAACAGUCGAUUGCGCAGUAUGUCACAGGAUGUGAUUUGACUAUGUGUGGGGUUUGCAAAGAAAACACAAACAGAUGAGUUUUAGAUUGAAAAGGUUUCUAUAACCCCUUAUAUUCAGCAUAGAUUAACAAUAUUGAUGUCAAUAGGCAUAAAUCAGUUUCCCAAUAAAACUGAAUUCGUAUUACAAUUUACUUGAGGUGUAUUUUUGCAUAAUCAGAACUUGUCACUAUCACCAUAAGUGACGUUUAAUCAUUUAGGGAUUUAAACUCACAUUCAGUAUUAUAUUAACUUCUUUUAAUUAAUAGCAUUCUGGUCAUUGCUUUUAUUUGAUUUCAAACAUUUAGUUUGAAACACGAGUUUACAAUGUAUGAUUCCACUGAUUGCUGCAUUGUUGACUUGUUUGAUAUGUUUUCUGACAGUGAUGAAGGUUUAGAAUACAGUACUCACUAUUGUGGUAUAUAGUUAUCGUAUCAUUGCCAAAUUGUCCAUAAACUGCUUAAAUGUAAA